AUGUCCGAUCUGGAUGUCGCCAGUCACUACAAUCUACCUUCCGAAUACCCCGAAGCAUGGCCGGCAGCACUAGAUGAGGAUGAUGCAUCAGAUGAGGAACCCGUGGAGCGAAGCAAGUCCCGGCCCCGGAAGUCGCGCUACUUCGCUCUCGAACGCACCCCCAGCGACUGGCGGAGUGGUUACGGAUCGCAGCGGCGUGGAAAGGACACCAGAGAAAAUGCGCAGAAUGAUGAACCAGAUCCGUUGGGAGGGGGGGAUAGCGUUCUGCGUAUCUUGAAGCAAAAGGGUCUACGUCUAGAGGAAGAGGGGGGUAAACGGUCGCGGUUCCUGCUAUCAUCAACAUCCUUCUCUCCCGCGCUCUUCCUAUCCCAGGCCCAUCACUCAGACUCCAUUGAAUCGCUCAUUGCCGGGUUAGACCAUCUAUCUCAGUCUAUCGAUCAGAAGUCUGCGUCGCUGAAAGUUUUAGUGGAAGCCAAUUUUGAGCGCUUCGUUCGCGCCAAGGCAACCAUCGAUAGUGUAUACACAGAAAUGAGAGACCAAGGUGCACCCAAUGAACCAAAUCUUGCUCCACGAAGAUCAGGUCACUUCCGAAGCUUAUCAGGGCAGCGGGGUGUAUCUCCUUCUCCAGCAAGUAUGGGCCAGGCUACCCCUCGUAAGACGGCACUUGUCAAGGAGAGCGAUUAUGGAAUGAAAGGCAUCCGAACUCCCCUUGUGGAGGCGUCGGUCAAAGCUGAGGAGGUUUGGGGGCCAGCCCUUGGAGGCCGUGAUCGGGAACAGAUACUUAAGUCAGUCGUGGAAACGAUGGAGAAAAACCGCGAUGUAUACGAGAUUGGAAGUCACCUAUCCAAGUCCAUCCAACAGCGAGACUACGACUCCGUGUUUGAAGAAUACACCAAGGCAAGGACUCUCGCAAAUCGAGCAAAGAGCAUUGUGGAGCAGGCCUCCAGCUCACGUCGCCAGCUAUCCGAUCAUGAGGCGCAUACAAUCUUAGCGAUGGGACGGAUGUGGAUGGAUGUGGACGAGCAGAUUCAUGCUUUCAAGCGCGAGCUCUGGAGAAGACUCGGCGAUGCCCCUACAACUUCCACGACAAGCACCGCGACGGGUCCGGUUGAGGAACAUAUGGAGCUUAUCGGGGCACUCUUGGAGUUGGGCGUUGAUGAUAAUCCCAUUUGGACCUGGCUUCACAGUCGCUACGAGUUCCUCAAGACUAAAAUCACUUCCUUUUGUGACCGCUGCAAGGUGGAAAUUGAAAUUUUGAGACGCCGGCUUGCCGGUGGGGAGAAACCCACGCCUCAAGCCGUAGCUUCCUACCUUCGCCUGGCGCCCCGUGACGGCUCAGCUGAUGUCCCUGAAAAUCUUGACACAGAUCAUGUCAUUGAGCUUUGGGACUGCAUUCAGGCGUUCCUCACUCGCCUCCUCUCAUCGCAGAGUGGCUUACUGGGCGAGCUGCUAGAUUUCUGGGAGGUUGCCCAUGCAUUCAUUGAUGGUAGUCGCCAACGACUACUUCCAGUUGGCUUUGAAGGUGAGAGCCGGAAACAUCACCGCCUUACCCCUGCGAAUGUAGAGGAGCUCGAAAGGGGUGUUGUGGAACUGGUCAACUUGAUCCGAGAAAAUGUUCUUUCGCUCUUCAAUGAUCCCCCAACUGAGGAUAUCUCCCUCCUCUCUUCGCCUAUUCUACCAAGUCCAACAAGUCCUGCGACCCAUGGAGUCACGCCGACUGAGUCCCGGUUUAAACUGGAUCCAAAGAAUCUCCCUAUACCCGCCCCUCAGCGCGGAGAACACUGGGAGGGUUGUGCCUUCUGGCCACCCUUCUCCAACUCCCUCAGUGGCGUUCACUACUUGAGUACAUUUCUCAUAAUAAUUGGUACCGCUGCCAGUGAGAUGGCGGCUUUGCGCCCAGUCACACACAGCGGAUCAACCCAUGAUCUGCUCAAGUCUCUGGUGAGUGUCGCCCGGGACAGAUCUGCCCGUGUUGCAUGCGCAGCAUGGAGUAAGGAUGCGGAGUCUUGCAAGAUGCUGGAGGACUGGACGCGGGAUUCCGAAAAGCGAGACUUAACCAAGAUGCCUGGCUUGUUUGUGGCAUUUGAAAGUGCCAUCCUAGGCGGCAUGCAGAAGAUUCUGUACAUCUCUGAAGCCAUGAGCAAAUCUGGAACUGUGGAUGUCGUCACCCAACCACCUGCGAAACUGCUUCAGAUGGUUCGUACGCAGUUUGUGUCUAGUGUUUACAAGGCACUCAGUGGACUGGUCGAGAAUGCAGAGCGAGUAACGGCGUCAGAAGAAGAGAAUGAGUGGGUUAUUAGCCGGCCAGUCAUGACAAGUCAGGCCCUUGAUGCAACUUUGUCCGUGCUCGCGGCCGAUUCUGUGGAUUCGCAGGAUAGGAAUGUACGGAUUCUCCUUACACUUUCCAACCUGAAGGCUCUGCAGUCCGAAUAUGUGCCGCAGUUGAUCUCCAACUUCGAGACCUCGUUCUCUGUCAAAUUGACGGAAGAGGGUAAGACGGUUCGGGACGUCCUGAAGCAAAUCGAAGAUCGACUGUUUGUAUCAUACACCAGUCCGACCCUUGCCUUGCUAAAGAAGACUAUCUCUACCGGCAUCGAGUCUCCGGACUGGGUGCCCAAGACGGAUCGCCCUGACCAGGUUCGCCCUUACGUCUACAAUACCCUAUUGACUCUGGUUCUCGUGCAUACCGAGAUCUCCACUACUGUGCCAUCCACCGUAUCGCCAAGUGCUAGCCGUCCAUCACCAAAUGCCCCAUCGUCACUACUUACCAUUGUAUUCACCUAUCUACUUGGGCAAAUAUCCACGGCCUUACUCACCUCUUUCCGUACUCGGUCUAGCUUCUCACUUGCUGCUCUCAUGCAAGCUACCCUGGACACCGAGUUCAUCGCACAGACCCUCUCCCAGUACUCGACGGACGAAGCAUCUGGAAUUCAGAGUCAGAUCUACGUGGAAUUGGACCAUCGCACCACAAAUGAAGCCCGCUCAAAAUUGCAGGCCGACCUAGGCGAGAUGAGAGUCGUACUCAAACGAUUGAGAGAUCGGACAAAGGGCGAAUUUGCCUGUUUCCGCAAGCCCCGUAGCGGAACCAAGAAUCCCUCCGCAUAG